AUGGACAAGAAUGGUGAAUUCAAGGAAUUGUUGAGUGAAGACACAUUGGGUAUGUUAAGCCUAUAUGAAGCAUCUUACUUGGGUGUAAAAGGUGAAGAUGUCCUCCAGUCUUUAGAGCUUCCAAGGCACUUGAGGAUGGCUAGGUUAGAAGCUAGAAGGUACAUUGAAGAGUACAGCAGAGAAAGCGACCACAAUUCAACCCUUCUGGAACUAGCUAAGUUGGAGUAUAACCAGGUCCAAUCACUUCACCAAAUGGAACUGGCUGAGGUUUCCAGGUAA